CGUUUCAGAGGAGCAAAUAAAUAAAAAUCGCGGAGCUGCGCAGUUUUGAAUUGUUUACAUAAAAUCUAAACCGACUCUCUUUAUAAACAAGAGAAUCAAAUUACAAAUACAACAGAUUUUUCUUGAGAAUAUCUGUAUUUUAAAUUUAUUUUCAACAAUCUUUUAAAAUUGAUUACGAUGGCUAGCGGAAACCAAGGGCGUGCCAAAGAAUUCGACUUUCAGAUGCUGUGUGAGACCUUUGCCGAGAUCUGUCCAGACUUUCGAGAUGCUUCCGGUUCGGAUAAGAUGGAGAGCCUGGACUUUGCCAACCGGGUGAUAUUCGAGUUGGGUCCCAAGAUGCGACAGCUAAAGCAAAGUGGCCGUGAUCAGAUGUGGCGUCUGGUCUUCAAUGGUGGUGGCAGUGUUUAUAUCUACACGUACACGUUCCAGAAACCGAUCAACGGGCAGCCCCGCCUCGGUGGCGGAAAGCUUUAUCUGACUUUAAAGCAGGCUGGCUUGCUGGCGGUUAAGAAGUUUUGUGCUUUGCUGCCCCAGUAUCAUGAUCCGCGGGAUAAAAUUUUGCUGACUCCGCUAGCCAGAGCGGUAUUCGAUCCACCAAAUAUUCAGAAGAUUGCCACUGGGCUAACGAAUCUCCUUGGGCGCAGAGUGGACUGCAGUGAUGUGGUUCGGUCUGUGAUCAGCAGCUGCCAGAGCGAUGGAUUCCACCUGGAGCACAGCGAAAGCCACGUCGCCCUGGUGGCCGUGGGUGCCACUACCCGUGAUUUUGCGGAACGCAAAAAGCUAAGGAGAAAAACCGUAAAGCAGUAUGCCAACCACGGCAAGGUCUUUGACUUCGAUCAGUACAAGAUUUACUCUCGAUUUUCCAAGAUGAGUAAUCAGAUCGCUGGGGAGCCACCGCUUUCCGAUCCAGAGCCACCCAAUGAGAAACCCAACGUGCGUAUACGCAAUGUGAGUGGGGUAUUACGAUCCAUUGCCAAGGCCACCGAUGAUCCACUGAGUGGCGGAACCAUCGACAUGAAGUUCAAGGCCCCACCGAAUCAGGCAAAGCGAGCAGAAGUGGAGGCUAUGCCCACUUCAAUGGAUGUCCGUCUGGAGGGCACAAGCAUGGAGCAAAUGAGAUCUAAAUUACUGGCACCAGGUCAGCACUCCGGAUGGUCUGCUGGGGGAUUGUAA